GGGUACGAGAUCUCCCCAAUUGCCUCUCACCACUGAGCGAAAGAAUUAUGAUGUCAUUUCGAAUUGUUGCCCGCUUUCCAGACUGGGAAAUUAUAUACUUAGGCCGUUUCUCGCAGAAAGGAAAGAGUCUGAUCAGAUGACGCCGCUUGGGGCAGACUUUUUGAUGUACAAUCCAAAACAUGGAGAGAAACUGGUCCAGUAAUCAGAAACAGCCAGACACCUCUCUCAACGCAUCGGCAGACAAGCCCCAGUCGAGAAUUUCACAGGGGCGUAGGGUGAAGAUAGUAAUUUUGGUAGUCAUCAGCGUGUCCCUGGUCCUGCAGGGCCUUGCCUUCCCUGGCAAAUCAUCAUUUCUCUAUCCUUUUCGAAUUUUUGAGGACUUAAGUAGCAACAAAUACUACAACGUGUUGAUUUUUGGCACCAGAGAGCACUUAUCUCAAAGGAUUGACUUUUUAGAAGAAGUAAAGGGAGUGUGGAAGGCCGAAUUUUCUUGCGCCAAAGGAACCAGCGUUGUGCUGAGUGUUGGCAAAAACAAGACAGACUUUAUGGAUAAAGAUGCCGUUGUAUUUAACAUAGAUGAACCAGCGGUCGUCCAGAAAAUCGCAAUGCUGGUAUCCAUGCAGCCAUCACCCAAGCAAGCGUGGGUUUAUUACGGGAGGGAAUCAGCGGUCCGCACAAGGUGGCUGUUUAAAGCGUACAGCGGGUCCCUUCCACUGCAUGGAGUCUGGUCCUACCACCGCGAUGCCGAGGUACACACACCGUACGGGUACUUCGUUGCGAAGGGACCAGCGUCGAACGACAGCCAAUCAGACACGGACCGGUGGUUGCGCGGAAAAUCCAAGCUCGUCGCAUGGAUAGUGAGAAACUGCUACAACACAUUUUGGCCCAGGACCGCGUACGUGGAAAAUUUGCGAAAGCACAUCAGCAUCGAUAUUUACGGGAGCUGUGGACCGCUUGUCUGUCCGUUCCAACCCCGCUCCGACUGCGUGACGAUCCUGAAACAAUACAAGUUUUACCUGGCGCUCGAGAGUGCCGAAUGCGACGAUUACGCCACUGAGAAACUCUGGGAGACCGCGUACACGAACGGAAUCGUCCCCGUCGUGUACGGUGCCCAACGAGAGUUUUAUGCGAAAGAGGCACCACCAGACUCCUUCAUUUUUGCCGGUGAUUUCAGCUCGACCAAACAACUGGCGGAGUUUCUGCUACACUUGGACAAAAAUCCCAUCCAGUACGCCAAGUACUUCGACUGGCGUCGCAAGGGUCGGAUAGAGAUACCUAAGCUAGCCGAUCGCUCCCUCCAUCCCGAGUAUUUCUGUCCUCUGGUGCCGUUUAUUGCGAAAGUUGCCGGUGGUAAUGUCGCCAAGAAGCCUCUUUGCGAGUUCCCCUAUUACACCUCGUGCGUUGUUCUGAGGGGACGCGAUGUAAGGCAUCGCCCAGGAACUCGGCGGAGGUUGAGACACUGGAAGCCCAGAAACUAUUGAGCCUCCAGGAAUAUCAACACGAAAUAACUAGGUCCAGCUUUGCGGUCGCGUAGCCAAAGGGAUGCAGACUGAAAAACUGCAUGCAACGGGAUGGAGAAUCUAGAAGCGAAGAGUCGGGUCCCUGACUACCCCGAGCAAAUUAGCAUAGGCGGGGAACCCGCCUUGAGUAGAAGCACCCCUCAAUCGGUAGAAAAGAGCCAUGUUAGCGGAGAGUAUUCAU